CUGGCCACAGAGGCUUCCUCUCUCGUGGCACCACCUCGAGGCAGCUCGUGUUCUGUUUGCAGCAGCUAGUGUGUGUGACGGUCCUCCGUCCCGUGAGGUUUCAGAGGGAGUGUUUGCAGGCGGAGCAGUUUGAGGAACGAAGGGAGAACUGGCCCGAGGGCUGCGGUGCCCAGGACCGGCUCCGCGGGCUCCGCGUGUGCUUCGUGGCAGGUCCAGGCGGGACUGGGGACAGGCUGCUCGCACCCCGAGCUCAGCCACCCCUCCCCAGAAAAUGCCAGUUUAUCCCAGGGAUCAAGCAGAGAAGCAGGGCCCUAAAGUCCCUGCUGUCCCUUCUGGACCCUGUUGCUAGGCCCUGUCCGUCCAGGUUCAGAGCCAUUGCCGGCCCCACGCACCUACCAGGCGGCGCCUCGUUUCCCUGGGGCGGCCGCUGGGUACAGGUGUGGCCCCCCACAGGGGUGGGUGGUGUCCUUAGAGUGCAAGCCGCCGAAUGACUCCCUGCCGGUGCUGGUUGAAACAGAGGGGCUCCUUAAGGUUGUCCCAGGAGCUGGAGGCGGCGCUGCACCACGACGACGCCGACUUCAUCAGCGACCUCAUCACCUGUCUGCUGCAGGGCUGCUACCAGCGCAGGGACAUCACGCCCCAGACCUUCCACAGCUACCUGGAGGACAUCAUCAACUACCGCUGGGAGCUGGAGGAAGGGAAGCCCAACCCGCUGAGAGAAGCCGGCUUCCACGAGCUGCCCCUGCGCACGCGGGUGCAGAUCCUGCACCGCCUCUGCGACUACCGCCUGGACGCCGAUGACGUCUUCGACCUGCUCAAGGGCCUGGACGCAGACAGCCUCCGAGUGGAGCCGCUGGGGGAGGACAACUCUGGGGCGCUGUACUGGUACUUCUAUGGCACUCGGAUGUACAAGGAGGACCCAGUGCCAGGGAAGCCUGGCGGCGAGCCCGCCUCUAGCAGGGACAGUGAAGGACAGAAAACUGUCGCUGGUGUUCCUGGGAAAACGGGAAAGAGAAGAGGAAGGCCCCCCAAGCGAAAGAAACUGCAAGAGGAGGCUUCAGUGAGUGAAAAGCAGGAAGAAAACUCCUCAGCACCCGAGCAGAAGAGAAAUGGGUCCCGAGGGCCCGGCCAAGGCACCUGGUGGCUCCUGUGCCAGACGGAGGAGGAGUGGAGACAGGUCACGGAGAGCUUUCGGGAGAGGACCUCCCUCCGGGAGCGGCAGCUCUACAAGCUCCUCAGCGAGGAUUUCCUGCCCGAGAUCUGCAGCAUGAUCGCCCAGAAGGAGACACCGUUGCUGGCUCGGAUGGAGAAGCGGAAGCGCCGGGAGGAGGAGGAGGAGGAGCGCCAGGUCCUGCUCGCAGUGCAGAGGAAGGAGCAGGAGCAGCUGUUGCGGGAGGAGAAGAAACGGGAGCUGGAGGAGAAGGUCAAGGCAGUGGAAGACCGGGCGAAGCGGCGGAGGCUCAGGGAAGAGCGGGCGUGGCUGCUGGCCCAGGGGAAGGAGCUGCCCCGAGAGCUGUCCCACCUGGACCCCAGCUCCCCCACGAGGGACGAGAAGAGGACGAAGGACCUCUUUGAGCUGGAUGAUGACGUCACCGCCAUGUACAAAGUCUUAGAUGUGGUCAAGGCGCACAAGGACUCCUGGCCCUUCCUGGAGCCUGUGGACGAGUCGUAUGCCCCAAACUACUACCAGAUUAUCAAGGUCCCCAUGGACAUUUCAAGCAUGGAGAAGAAACUAAAUGGGGGCUUAUACUGUACCAAGGAGGAGUUUGUGAGUGACAUGAAGAUCAUGUUUAGGAACUGUCGGAAGUACAACGGGGAGAGCAGUGAGUACACCAAGAUGUCGGACAACUUGGAGAGGUGCUUCCACCGAGCGAUGACAAAGCAUUUUCCUGGCGAGGAUGGGGACACGGACGAGGAGUUUUGGGUCAGAGAGGACGAGAGGCGGGAGAAGAGACGGAGCCGGGCGGGGCGAGGUGGCGGCAGCCAGGUGUGCACCCGCUCCCGCGACCCCGAGGGCCCCAGCAGGAAGCAGGUGCCUGCGGAGAACGGAGGGAAGGCACUGCCGCCCUCCCGCCGAGCCCCCUCCUCCUCCGGAGAUGGUCCCGGCAGCAGCUCUACACAGGCUUCCCGGGACACAGGGGCUGCCGGCGGCCGGGGCCUCGCUCGCCCCCUGCACUGCAGUGGGACGCCCAGCCCGGCACCUCUGCUGAACCAGAUGAGGCCUGCAGUGCCCGGAACGUUUGGCCCUCUUCGGGGGUCGGACCCCGCCAGCCUGUUCGUCCCCUCCAGAGUCCCAGAGCCGCACCCUGGGGAGCCUGUGCAGCAGCGGCAGUCGUUUGCCAUGCAGCCUCCAGUCGGGAUGAACAAACACCGAGGGCCCAGGCUGGGCACGCCCGAGGAGAAGCCCGUGUGCGGGGGGCUGGCCCACCUCUCCCACGGGGCAUCGCACGCUGGGCCCUUGCCCCUGGGGCACGUGGGGGGCCCCGGUCGGGAUGGAAGUGUGUGCUCCCCAGCUCGGUUCCAGCCCGGGUUGAUGGCUCCUGGGCACGGAGGGGUUCCGGCUCGGCCCCUGGAUUUUCCUGAAAGCCCAGAAAUUUCUCCCAGCCACAUGUACCGGUCCUACAAAUACCUGAGUCAUGCUCACCCUGCCGUCUGGAACGGGAACCACGGUGCUGUGAACCCUGGACCUGCGGGGCCCGAUGAUAAGGCUCUUCUGGAGCCCAGCCUCUCACACCAGCCACGCAGCCUGGGCCACACGGUGGACUCCCGGGGGCUGAGGCCACCACUUCCUCCCAGCCAGUGGGCUGAGCGCCCCAGCUUUCUACCUCAUGGCAUUCCUCCUUCAGGGUACAUGCGGCCCCCCUGCAGACCUGCUGGGCACCGGUUGCAGCCACCACCGCUGGCACCAGGCCCCUUGUUCGGCCCCCCGUCCCAGGCUCUGCGUGGGGUGCAGGGCGGGGACUCCAUGAUGCAGAGCCCCGAGAUGCUGGCCAUGCAGCAGCUGUCUUCCCGCGUCUGCCCGCCAGGCGCGCCUCACCCCCGACCGACCGUGCCGCCCCCCGUGCCUGGCUCGUUCCCUCAGGGGGCCCACGCCGUGCCAGUUGGCAUGGCAGCCCCCAGGCCUGCCUUGGGGGACCCCGGGAGGACACAGGAUAACAGUGAGACGCAGGAGCCCGAACACGACCCAGCAGAGCCCUUGCCUGGGCUCGAGAAGCCCCGCAGUGUGGGUGUCUCAGACGGCACGUACCUCCAACAGCUACCUCGCUCUGCACCCGCCCGGCAGAGCUCGCCCCGGGACCGGGAGGCCGAGGGCCCUGAGCUCCCGGGUGACCCCGCAGCCUCUGAAGACAACUGCCGGGUGGCAAAGGGCAAGAGUGCCUGGGCCUCGGAGAGCAGCUACCCCGGCCCCACGGCGCAGGGGUGUGUGCGGGACCUGCCCAGGCUGGUGAGCCGAGGGGCUCUGCCCGAGAACGGGGUGCUGGCUGAAGGGCCCACGUGUGGCUCAGAGAAGAAGGGCCUUGGUGGCUGUGGUUCGGAAAAGCCCCUCUGCCCCAGGGGCAAAACGCUGCAGGACACUGUGCCAUGUGCCGGGCCAAGUCCGGCUACCCCGCCCAACGCAGAGCCCGGUGUGGUGGGAAGCACCGUGGGCCAGUUUCCUGCCUUGUACCUGCCUGGCCUGGAGUACCCCGGCUCGACUCCUCACUACCAUGGCAGCGCGGGCCUGCAGGGCCUGGGCCCUGCGCUGGGAGCCAAGCCCUCGGGGCCCCAGCCUUCACAUUUCCCGCCCCGGGCCUUUCACCCCAACAGCCCUCACUCUGGGGUCUUCCCUCGGUAUCGCCCCCACCAAGGCAUGAGGUAUCCUUACCAGCCGCCGCCUCAGCCUUCCUACCAUCACUACCAGCGAACUCCUUACUAUACCUGCCCACAGGGCUUCUCCGACUGGCAGAGACAGCUGCACGCCCCUGAGAGCCCCGGCGGGCUGCCCCCCAGCCAGCCACCCCCUCCGAGGCCGCUUUUCUCAGACAAGAGCACCAUGGUCAGCCUGCAGGGCUGUGAGACAUUGAACACUGCCUUAAUGUCCCCCGCCCGCAUGGAUGCACUGGCCACCAAGGCCAUCACCACCGAUGGGCAGGACCCUGGCCCAGAGGAGGGAAAGCAGGACGAGCCUCUGGAGAGGCCGGAGAGUCCCAAAGAGUUCCUGGACCUGGACAACCACAACGCCGCCGCCAAGCAGCAGGGCUUGGCGCUGUCAGCCGGCGAGUAUCUCUAUGGACCCCCGGCUCUGAGCUCCGGGAUGGGGUUUGCGUCCGCCGCUUUCCCGCCACAUGGGGCAGUGCUGCAGGCCAGGCCUUCCUAUGCAGCUCCGCGGCCACCCGGCCACUGCCAGCCCCGGGCCUACGCCGCCGCCGCAGCCUCCCAGCCCAACGGCCUGCCUCCGGAGGGCCCCAUCUACCGCUGCCCGGAGGACGGCCUGGGCCGCUUCCAGGCCGUGAUGAUGGAGCAGGCAGGUGCCGCGGGGGCAGCAAGGGGGCCCUUCCAGGACGUGUACAGACCCUCAGGCGUGCAGGUGCAUCCCAUCCAUCCGCCACCCUCUUUCCCAAAGACCCCGGCCCCAGGAGCGCUGCAGGAAGAGCUGCCGUCCCACAAGGCCCCGACACUCCCCCUCGAUCAGAGCUAGUCUGGGGAGGAAACAGCCCCAGGAGACAGAAGGCCGCAUGAGAAGACUGGAAUGUGGAGGAUGGGGACGGAGGACGAGGGCCAGCCACACCUGUCCCUGCUCCCCGCCCCGCCCCACCCACAGCACAGCCCCGGGCGUUCCGGAGCCAGGGCCAAGCCACAGCCCGUGAAGCACACGCCGUGGACAAGUAUCUGUGGCCGGCAGGGUCCUGGGCGGGUCUCCUGUGUGGCUGACGGUCAGGAUCAAAUGGACUGGAAUUAGUGGAGGCUUUUCCAAGUCCUGAGACUGUUUCAGGAAAAGUUGUCCGAACUGGGAGGGGCUGUGUAGGAACGGAGGUGCUUGUAGACUCGUGAGCAGCUAAACUCAGGUACAUGUUUGGGAAAGGAACUACUCGUAGUAUUAAGGUUUGGAGCUGGGUCCAGUUUACAGAAUUUUCAUGUUGCCUUUUAAACUAAUUUUUGUUGUUGGUGGUGAAUGUAUUGUACAUAGUGGGGGGUGGGGAUCUGAAGCAUUGGGCAUCCUGAUGGGGGGGCACACAGCCCUGGGGGGGUCUUACCUGUUUACAAUCAUGUCACACUGAAGCCGGGGAGCUGAACAAGUGGCGGAAGGCUCCUUGACUGUGUCGCUGUUCUCCUCAGUGGCCAGCCGCCCUUGGACAGGUGUGGUCUUCUUUGCGGUCCACCCAGGAAAGUGCUCCCGCUGCCCCAGCUGCUGCGUGUCUCGGUCAGGAGGCAGCGCGCCCUCACGGCCUCCUGGAAGUUUGUGCCUGGGUGGUAGGCUGUGCCCCAGGCUUGUAGCCCGCAGCCAGAGCCCUCCUGGUUGCCAGCCGUCAAGCGGAGAGCUGGGAGCCCAGGCUGGAAGGGGGCCUGGGGGUGUCUCCUCGUUGGGGGAGCAGCCUCCUUGUGGGCCCUUGGGGCUGGUCCGGGGCGGCGCACGUGGCUUUCCAGCUUGAAUCUCAUUUGUGGAGGCGACUACUCAGGUCUAUGUGUGUUAGAGUCAGUAAGGAAAUUGCACAGUUCUGAAUAGGAAAAGUGUGGUCUAUAGGUUUACAAUUUGAGUUUAGGAAUAUUCCAUUGUAUUUAGCCUUUAUUCAUUUUAAGUGAAUCAUAGUGAAAUCAGUCACGGCAGUUGAAGUAGCGGUCGGGAGCAAGGUCUCGGGAGCCCUUUACGUGUGUGGUAGCGGACACCUCGACAGUAUUACAUCGUUACUUCAUUACAGUUCCAGACGCCGGUCACCCUGCACUCUGCCUGCUUAGCUUCUGUGUUUGGUUUUAGCUGAGGUGCCACCAAAGCUGGGGCUUCUGUGAUUGUCCCACAAAGGAAGGGAAGUGCCCAGAAGGCAGGUGUUUGGGAGGAAGAGCACGUUGCUAAGCCCUCCUCUGGGAAGGUGGUCCAGGGGCCUCAGUCCCCUCUGAGCUCCUCCAUGUAGGGGCGGGGACCUUGCCUCUGAGGCCAGAUGGGGACAUGUCGUUUUCAGGUUUGCUGAACAUACGCUCACCGUCCUUUGGGAAGGACACCAGUGGCAAGUGUUCAGGUUACGCUGGUGGCCCAGAGACCCUGCCGUGGCAUCAGGGACAUGCGUGCAUGGGGGUCAUUCUUGUUGACUCGCAGGUGGCUGUUCACGGGGCAGGGGUUUGAAACCUGUCACCGGCCCAACCUGGCUUACGGAAGGAGGGAAUCAGCAUUCUCUGUGUAGGGGAGAGGGGAGGUGGGCGGGUGUCUGGCAGCCCUCGGGCUGGGUGGUGUGGCCCAGGGCAGCCUCGCUGCUGCCGUGUUCCGUGUGCAGAAGCAGUGGGCAGUGAGGACCGGCCCAUCGCUGCGGUGCAGUCCGACCUGGCCGGGCCGUGGCCUGGCUCGGAGCCUCCCGCCUUGGACAGCGGUUGCCUUCUCAUGUCAGAGCUGGUCUGACAGAGGCCUCUGCUCCCCCAAACCAGGAGCACCCUGACCACAGAACCUCUUCCUCUGGGUGGAUGCAGUGGGUCCCCUUGUGUGGGCCCCUGGGGUGGGGCAGCUGUGGACACACUACCGGGGGCAGCCAUUUGCCCUCGCUCCCCCAGCCCCUGACCCCAUUCCCCGUUUGAAGCUGUGAACCAUAUGGAAAAAGUCAGUGAUUUCUUCUGUCCUGAUCUCCCUUCUCGGUAGGUAGAGGGGUGAGAAGUAGUCACGGAGGAACAGGGUGGUUGAACUGCUGUGUCGUGUUCCAACACUGUGAGUGCGGGAGCCUCGUCAGCCUUACUGCCCCCUGUGGGCGUGGCUGCGUGACAGGCAGUCAUUGGGCACGAGGACACCCUAGAAAGGUCCGUGCUCAGGCUGGGAAGGGCGAGUCUCUCGCCUGUUGUAUUUCAUGCUAAUGGUUAACCUUUGUCACAGUUGGUAACGAGUUUGAAGCUCUUCUCUGAGACCCGGGAGAAAUGAAAGAUCAGAAAGAAAAGGAGACCCUUUCAUAAGGUUUGCUGGGUUGCCUUUCAUUCCCCACAGAGUCCGUUCAUUAAAAGGGGAGCUGUUGCCUGAAGUUCAUUGUGGUAGAUGUGUUGGAGCACGAAGAAGGACAGAAUACGCAGAUUCUUGGUCAUGUCAUUUUCCUGCCCCGCUUUCUGAAAAAAACUGUGAGCCCCCCUCCCCUACCCCCUCCCCUCUACCCAGUCAGGUCGGGUUAGUCGGAUGGUGCCCGUGAGCGGGUACUUGAGCCCCGCUCCGACCACCUCGAGUGGCCGCUGCGAGUGGC